ACGGUGACUCCACCACCUCCGUGGGCAGCCCAUUCUAACGUCUAAUCGCUCCUUUUGUGAAGAAAUUCCUUCUAAUGUCCAACCUAAACCUCCUGUGGCGAAACUUGAUGCCGUUUCCUCUCAUCCUGUCGCUGGUAGCCUGGCAGAAGAGCCCGGCCCACGCCUGGCUACACUCUCCGUUCAGGGACCUGUAGAGAGCCAUAAAGUCCACCCUGAGCUUCCUUUUCUCCUUUUCUAACAACACCAGCUCCUCACAGGACUAGCGCUCCAGGCUUGCUGCAACCUGGAGGCCCGUGGGCUUCAGGGUUAACACUCAGCUGGGUCCUCUCCCCCUGGGGCCUGCCUUUUGUCCUUCAGCCGUCCUGGAAUCCUGGAAUGUCCUUUGGCAAAGUGUGGGUUUGCUGCCCUAAAAGCAUAGUUCACCUGAGGUUUGUGGAGACUGGAGCUUACUCUGGGAUGGAAGGAAUUGACAGGGUUACAGGAGGCUGAAGGGAGUGUUUAAAGAAAAAUGAAUACUGCCUCAACUUCAGGAAGUGGAUCAUAUUCCACAAACCACCCAGGACUCUUUUUUUAUGCACAGUCAUCAGCUCAACAGCCUUAUCCAAAUCCAUGGUACCUCAAUCAUGCAUACAGUCCAUACUGCGUACCUGCUCCAGGUUUCCGAAGUGGAAAUCCAUAUUUUCCAUUUUAUUCUGUUGCGCUUCAUGAGUACCCUAGAUUUUUUGUUCCACGGCAUCCCGUGCAUGUAAGAAUUAACAGAAGGCCUUAUUUUAAUGCUGCCCCACCUUCCCCUGCAUUUUAUCAUGCAACGGGAUUUAGACAUUAUAAUAGCCCUGGGAAGAAAAUGGAGACAAAAGAAACACAGACUGAUCCUAGACAGCCUGAAAACAAGCAAAAAGCGCAUCAAGAUAUUCGUACAGGAACAAAAGGUUGUAAUGCAGGAAAUACAGCCUGUGUUUCUCCUAGUAUAGGUAUAGAGACUGAAAAUACUUCAGAGAAACAAGAUUCAUUUGGCUCUUCUAUUGUGGUAGACAGAGAGUUUCAUAAUAAGAACCCUGCCAGCCCUACACAGUAUAGAAAUCUUCCUAGUGGAAGCUAUGCCUUUGAGAAGAAAGAAGUGAGGAUAGACUAUGGAAAUGGCUCUCCAGCUAUUCAGCUGUGGAAGUCCUUUAAAGAAACAAUCCCAUUGUAUGAUGUGGCAGGUGGUAAACCAGUUCCAGAGAACAUAGUGCCUCAUGACUUAUUUUCUAUUAGCUCAUGUGAAGGCAUGAUAUAUGGCCCUCAUGAAGGGGAGAAUAUGCUGCCAGGGGCUUCCUUAGAUAAGAGAAAAGCUGUUGUCACCUCCAAACAGGGUGCUGAAGCUGUGCAAGAGAAAAAUGUCCAAAAUAAUGAAGUGAAGCUGGAUGCAGAAAAUAUGGUAAAAUCCCCCCCAGGUGAAACCAUGGCAGUACAAAUCACAGAGUUGGCAAGAUCUGUUGGUGUAGAUCAACCAGUGGUAAUAGCUAAGAAAUCUAGCACUAAAAGGUCAGCAGGAUCGAAAACUUCUCAAGAAGAGCCCAGCUUUAUUCAACAAACAGGACUAUUUCCAUCUAAUAUGGAGGUAAUGAGUGACUUUCAGCAGAAAAAGCUGAUUUUAAGCCACAGUGCAACCAAUGAAAGUCAGACAGAAAAAAGUAUUUGGUGUGACAAAUCAAUUGAGAAGUUUGCUCCCUCUAGCAGCUGGCUGGCAUGUUUGGACAGUACGGAUGCAAACUACACUGCUUGUUUCCCACAAAGGAAGCGUCGAAGUGUAAUCAGUCUGUCUUCUGAUGACAUGUCUUCUGGAGAGGAAGGCUCAUCAACUGAUAAUGCCUCCGUGUCUUAUUUUGUGCCUGACUAUGUGCUUCAGAAAAGCAUGUAUACUCUUCAGAAAAGUACAGAGGGGUUAGAGAAAGAGCAAAUUAAUAGUUGUGGAUCCCCUAAUGUAGAUGGAGUGGUAGGAAAGGAGCAGGUGAACAGCCUGAAUGACCAAGAUGUCAACUCUUCAAACGCAAAGAUCAAAGAGACUUACAGCAAAGGUAGAAAGCUGGGAGCCCUUUCUAGGUCCUCUAGUAGGAAAGAAGUUGAUUCGCCCAACAAAAAAGCAACUAAGAGUUUGUCAGAAGUUGAGGACUCUGAAGAAUAUUCUGUGAAGGGAGAAGAGGAAGAUGAAGAUGGAGAGGAUGAGUAUGAGGAGAAUGAGGAUGAUGACAUGGAGGAAAUUGAGUAUUUCUUUCAAGAAGCCCCUCCAUAUGGCAUCUUGAGGCCAAGUAAAGGAAAUUUCUACCAAGUUGGCCAGAGAGUGCUUUGGAAACCAUCUAAGAAUGCUGUACCAGCACAAUUAAUUAGCUGGCCUGCUCAAGAGAAAAUAAAAACUAGGAGCGGGCUUGUUGAAAACAUUGGUAUAGUUUACAAGCCAAAGAAGAGAGAACAAGAUGAAGUUGUAUACAGUGACUAUGGGUAUUAUGGAAGAAAGAGACCUAUGACAAGAAGAGAAGGACUUGAACGCCAGCGAAUGCUACGGAAAUUCUUGGGAGGAAGGCUGUUAAGAGAGAACAUGGGGAUACUACCUGAAGAGUACUGGAUUAGAAGUGGUGCUAAACCCAGAUUUACCAGCCAAAUACGUGGUAGUUUCUCACCCCCGGCAAAGAGCAAAGAACAAGUGUGCCCACCUUUGAUUAAACCAAAGAAGAAAAGAAUGGGCAAGCCACCUUCAAAACGCAGACACACGAGACCUGAGGUGGAAGAAGUAGAAAUGUGGGAGCUGCCUGAACACAGUGUACACAAAGCAGCAUGGACAAUUCGUGGAUUGCAUCUUAACUGGCUUACAGCUGAAAGCAAUGUUCCAAUGAGUCAAAAGGCCAUGCUUCACAAAGGCGGUGAAGUACAAACUGCAUUUAAAAGGCUGGGAGUUCAAGCCUAGGCUCUUGUUUAUUCAGCCAG